UUACUUCUUUGCUUGUAUCUUCUGCUUUCUUCUCAUCGCUUUCAUCAUUUUGCAUUUCCUUCGCUCCAUUUGGAUUCGAUCUCCAUAUUUGAUAUCACCCGAAGCACAAGUCUCUGUAAUUCCCUGAUUCCAAAAGCCUAAUGGCUAGAACAUUGUUGCUGCUCGCCCUCGUCGUGCUUCCGGCACUUGUGAGCGCCGCUCGCCCUGCCAGAAACCCAUUUGAGUUGGAGGGCCGUGUUUACUGUGACACUUGCCGUGCUGGUUAUGAAACAGCCAAAACCACCUAUAUAGCUGGUGCCAAGGUUAGAGUGGAAUGCAAGGACAGGAAGACAAUGGAUCUUGUAUACAGCAAGGAAGGAACAACAGACUCAACAGGAACAUACAAGAUUUACAUUGACGAGGACCAUCAAGAUCAACUCUGUGAUGCUAUGCUAAUUAGGAGCCCCAUCAAGGAUUGCAAUUCACCCUCGUCUGGGCGUGACCGAGCCCGUGUUAUCUUGACUGGUUACAAUGGCAUUGCAUCCAACAAACGUUUUGCCAAUGCUAUGGGUUUCAUGAAGGAUGAGGCCAUUUCUGGUUGUACCGAGCUUCUCAGGCAAUAUCAGGAGUAUGAGGAGUAAGAUUUUUAUUUCAAGACCUCUGAUGAGCCUAGUUGAUUAAUCUUUGCUCAGGCAUAUUUCAGUUUAUCGAUAGUUACUAUUACAUAAUCCGGAUUCGUUAUGUUCUUUCAAUGUUUUAGAGUCUGUUAAUGGAUUCUUGUUUGAAUGGUAAUAUAUGUAGUCACAUUUGGCUUU